AUUGCAUGGAGUACAAUUAAUAACAAAAUUAACUUUUAAUGUAGAGAUUAACGUAGGCCUACAGCACAUCUAACCUGGAAGUCAUAUAUUAACAAGAAUCUACAAAAUCUCUAAAACAUGUAUGGCUAAUUGUGAUUAACCUUUUGCAGAAGGUAGCAUACAGUAGCCUAUGUGUAAUAUUUCAGUUUUCAGUGUAGGCUGUCUGGGAGUGAGAGUGACCGAGGACCUGGGGCAGUAGCACUAUACAUUAGGUUAUGGACAUUUGCUGGCCUGGCUGUAUAAUGCCGCGCUCAUGUUGACUUAAGUUUUGUCCUGCAGUUUACUGCUUUUUGCCCAGAACUUCUUUAAUUUCUCCUUCCGCCCUGCUGAAGGACUGGGACACGUGCGUCUCGGCGCACGCCGCAUUUGCUCCGGGACCCAGAUCAUCCCUCGCGGACAUCCAGCCAAUGACGGGCGCUGUGGGGGAAGAGACGCGCCGUCCUUCGCCUGAUGAAUCAGUUACCCCCGAUCCCAUUGAUUCUAAAUAAGUCCUCUCCCCCUUCUCCUCCUCUGUUUGCAUUGUUCGCACACGGCUCAUGUUUUGAUUGUUUGCUUGUGUGCACGCCACAUCCCUUUCCUGUUAGUAACCACCAGGUGUUUCUUUUGAAUAGCCUGAAAGAGAUUUGUUUUAAAACGGCAGUGGAAACAGAACAGCGGCACAAAGAUGUCUGCACCUCCGAUUAGAUCGUCCACGCCGCAGUCGGGGAAGAUGAAAAAGGACGAGUCUUUCCUUGGGAAACUGGGGGGCACGUUGGUUCGAAAGAAAAAAUCGAAAGAAGUGAACGACCUUCAUGAGGAAGGGAGGAACGCCAUCAACUCCCCCCUGCAGCCCUCCAACAUGACCCUGCUCCCCGAGGACACGAUGCUCGGUAAGACCUCCUCCUCCGCUUCCCCAGCACAGUCCCCUCUCUCUCCAGCAGAGGGCGAUGUGGAGAGAAUCCUUCAAUGCAGCAGCAGCAGCAGCAGCUUUAGGGGAGUCCUGCAGCUUUGUAACUGGUCCAUGCAGUUCAAAACCAUCUUUGGGAUGCUCUGUCUCCCUGUGAACGUGGGCCGUGGGCAGUGGCCGCUGGUGACUGUGGCUCUGGAUGGAGAAACUGAGCACCCUGCCUGUUCACAGGUGCUGAUUGACUGGAUCAAUAAUGAGCUGGAGGAAGACAGGAUCAUCGUUAAAGACUUGGAGGAAGAUCUCUACGAUGGGCAGGUGCUGCAGAAGUUAUUCGAGAAACUAUCUGGGCGGAAGCUGAACGUUGCCGAGGUAACGCAGUCUGAGAUCGGGCAGAAGCAGAAGUUGCAGACGGUGCUGGAGGCGGUGAACGAGCUGCUCAGGCCCCACGGCUGGACCAUCGAGUGGAGCGUGGACUCCAUCCACACCAAGAACCUGGUGGCCAUUGUCUACCUGCUGGUGGCACUAGUCAUGCACUUUCUGGCCCCGAUCCGCCUGCCGGAGCAGGUGUCUGUGCAGGUGGUGGUGGUCAAGAAAAAAGAAGGUGUCUUACAGACGUCCCACGUGACCAAGGAGCUGACCACAACCACAGAGAUGAUGAUGGGACGAUUUGAAAGAGAUGCUUUUGACACUUUGCUGGAUCAUGCACCUGACAAACUCAAUGUUGUCAAGAAGUCUCUCAUCACAUUCGUGAACAAACACCUAAACAAGCUGAACCUUGAGGUGACAGAACUGGAGUCACAGUUUGCAGACGGGGUGUACCUGGUGCUGCUGAUGGGGCUGCUGGAGGACUACUUUGUCCCUCUCUACAACUUCUACCUCACGCCUGAGACCUUUGAGCAGAAGGUUCACAAUGUGUCCUUUGCCUUUGAGUUGAUGCAGGACGGAGGUCUGCGGAAGCCCAAAGCUCGGCCUGAAGAUGUUGUUAACCUGAACCUGAAGUCCACCCUGAGGGUCCUGUACAACCUGUUCACCAACUACAAACAUGCAGAUUGAAGGCCACCAGUCACAGAACCUGCUGGUGGCUAAGGGCUGCAGGAAGCCACUAUCACCAGGGCAACGCACUGGAGGGAAAUAACUGGAGUUACAGUAAUGCCCCCCCCCCCCCCAAUCUUUUUAAAUGUUUAUUUUAUCUUUUUUACAAUGUCACAGCAAGUUUGUGUGCCAUAUCUUUGUUCCGUUAGCAUAACUAAGUGCCAACUGGGUCUGGUGAUGUGCUAGCAAGUACCAACUGGGGUGAUUUUAUUUUUUUUCUGUCACUGAAAAACCCUGUGUGAUCAGAAACAUUCACCAAAAAAAAAAUAGUUUUACUGGCUAACACAACGGGGGGUCGGGGUGCAGUGGGUUAUGAUUUUGCACAAUACCAAAAGCUCCCAUGUGCUGAGAGCACUGUGAUGAAUAGGCACCUCAGGUUCCUCAUUCUUGUUUUGGUACAAGCUGCAAUUCUGAAAAUUUUACAGAGAGUACACUUUAUCACUAGCGAAUACAAAAAAAAAAAAACUGCCAGGAGUUAACCCCUUACUAUUGAAUGCCCUCCAGAACGCGCUAGCUUCUCAUUUAAUGGAAGUCAGAUUUAGGUGUGACACAGUGCCUUUUGAUGUUUAUGUAAUUUUAUAAAGUUUAAAAAAACCAUACAAAUGCAUAUUCCAUGUAAUAUAUUUAAAAGCCUUUAAUGCGACUGAUAUAUUUUAUUCUACUAAACAUGCUGCUGCCUGCUUUAAGCCGUUCAAAGAAAGUGUGCCAUGUUGUCAAGCCUAUGCCGUUAUGAACAAACUCUCCACUAUAUUCGCACUAGACUUGGCCACGCAGUCAUUGGCAGGUCUGUUAAAUAGUCAACUAAACGGAGGGACAGUUCAAUCAAAAACCAGGGAGCAACUAGAUAAUAUUUGAUUGAUGUGAGGUGAAACUCACUUUAUCAACAAGACUUUUAAAUGUGUUAAAAAGCCAUAUGAACAGAGAUUGCCUUUGCAUGUUUAAGAUCAUUGAAAACCACACCGCAGGAUUGCCACACAACUGUGAAAACACAAUACACGUUAAAAAGAAAAGAGAAAAAAAAAACAUGCCAUUCACUUGUUUUCAGUGUUUCUAUAACUAAAUAAAAACCUAAACCACCAA